CUGAAAUCCGUCCUUCCUUCUCCGCAUGGUUUCUGUUGCUCAGCUGUGUCUGUGCAGUGGAUCACAAAUCGACAUUAUUUACAGACUUCGCUCUAAAAAGCACCAUUUAAGUUCAGCAUGACUAAAGAAGAUGUGAAGGGCGCGGCCGAGGAGGAGCAGUUGGCGGCUCAGUCGAAGAAAGCGCUGAAGAAACAGCAGAAGGAAGCAGAGAAAGCAGCCAAGAAGGCUGAGAAGCAGGCCAAGGCAGCUGAGCAGCAGGCUCCUGAAGAAGAUGACUUCGCCAGCGAUCGUUACGGAGUGUGCGCUUUGCUGCAGUCACAGCAGAAACUGGACAGGACUCUGGUGCGAGUGCAGGAGCUGACGCCUGAGAGAGCCGGCCAGUCGGUCUGGGUGCGCGCCAGGAUUCACACCAGCAGAGCCAAAGGGAAGCAGUGCUUCUUGGUCCUGCGUCAGCAGCAGUUCAACGUCCAGGCUCUGGUGGCCGUGGGAGAGCGAGCCAGCAAGCAGAUGGUGAAGUUCACCGCUAAUAUCACUAAGGAGAGUAUAGUGGACGUGGAGGCCGUGGUGCAGAAGGUAGAGCAGAAGAUCGAGAGCUGCUCUCAGCAGGACGUGGAGCUGCACGUCGAGAGGCUGUACGUGGUCAGUCAGGCUGAAGCUCGGCUGCCUCUGCAGUUGGAGGAUGCCGUCAGACCUGAAGGAGAAGGUGACGAGGAAGGCAGAGCCACUGUUAACCAGGACACCAAACUGGAUAACCGUGUCAUCGACCUGAGGACGACGACGAGCCAGGCGAUUUUCCGUCUGCAGUCGGGGGUGUGUCAGCUUUUCAGAGACACCCUCAUUAAGAAGGGCUUCGUGGAGAUCCAGACCCCCAAAAUCAUCUCAGCUGCCAGUGAAGGAGGUGCUAACGUCUUCACCGUCUCCUACUUUAAGACCACUGCGUACCUGGCUCAGUCUCCUCAGCUCUAUAAGCAGAUGUGUAUCUGCGCUGACUUCGACAAGGUCUUCUGUGUUGGACCAGUAUUCAGAGCUGAAGACUCCAACACCCAUCGUCACCUGACCGAGUUCGUAGGUUUGGAUAUUGAGAUGGCCUUCAGCUAUCACUACCACGAGGUCAUCGACUCCAUCACCGACACCAUGGUGCAGAUCUUCAAAGGACUCGGAGACAAUUUCCAGACGGAGAUCCAGACGGUGUGUAAGCAGUACCCCAGUGAGCCGUUCAAGUUCCUGGAGCCCACCCUGAGGCUGGAGUUUAAGGAGGCAGUGGCCCUGCUGCGCUUGGCCGGAGUGGAGAUGGGAGACGAGGAAGAUCUCAGCACGCCCAACGAGAAACUGCUCGGCCGCCUCGUCAAGGAAAAGUAUGAUACUGAUUUCUACGUGCUGGAUAAAUACCCGCUGGCUGUGAGACCGUUUUACACCAUGCCGGAUCCGAACAACCCGAAAUACUCCAACUCCUACGACAUGUUCAUGAGGGGAGAGGAGAUUCUGUCUGGAGCUCAGAGAGUCCACGAUGCUCAGCUGCUCACAGAGAGAGCUCUGCACCAUGGCAUCGAUUUGGAGAAGAUCAAAGCCUACAUUGACUCUUUCCGUUACGGAGCUCCACCUCAUGCUGGAGGAGGAAUCGGUCUGGAGAGAGUGACCAUGCUGUACCUGGGACUGCACAACGUUCGUCAGACCUCCAUGUUCCCCCGUGACCCCAAACGCCUGACCCCAUAAAGAAACCGUCGUUCACCUGACCUCACAAACGUACACCAGGACGUCCACUAACUGUCAGGAUUAUCUAACAAUACCAAACCAGCAGUGUGUAACAUCAGUAAUAAUGAGUUUACAGAGGUCAGGUGUGUGUGGUGUAGUGUGAAGGUGAAGAUUAAACCAGUGGACUUUAAUAAAAACUGCUAACGGCUGAGAGGUACUAUUUAGCGUAGUAGUAUCUGAAUCGGAGUUCUUACACACAUUUAGCACACUAGUGUGCAGUUUACGACCAAGCCUAAUUCUCUAGUAGCAAAUCCUAGCAUAAUAAAUGGAAUUUGAAAAUAAAGCACUUGUUUUUUUAACCAGCCAGCAGCAGCAAUAAGGAACCGUUUCACCCUUUCUCUUAGACACAGUCAGUCAUGUCUGACGCUUCUAACAAUAGAAAUAAUAGUGGUUUCUGGGUAAAAACAGCUGUUUUGUCUAAUAAACUUUGAUACGCUAGUGUACAAGUUGGGCGUAAACCUGACUAUACCUAACUUCAUACUCACAUUCUGUCUUUUUCUACUGAAUAAUCUGUGCUAAUCAGAUGCACUACACACAACAGAACUAACUAGCUGACUUACAGAGAUGAUUGCAACUGGGUACUUUUGAGGUGUAUAACUUGGAGGGAGGAUAAUAAAAAAAUAAAUAAAAAGCCUUAUUAACACAAA